AUGGAACCCGCCCUGGCUGCUUCCGCUCCGGGGUCUGGAGUAACGGAGCCUUCUGCAUCUUCUGAUACUCGUUCUGAUACCAAGACACCUCCUGGCGCAUCUGCAACUUCUGCUGCUGCAACCUCAACCUCUUAUUACCCUGUCGAUAAUAACGCCGACUCUCGUCCGUCCUCUUCAGCAUCGAGCCAUUCGUUUCAACUCCAAAAACAAUCAAACGUACCCGCUCCCGGUCCGCCAUCUCCAGCAACUCUCGCUCGAUCUCAGACGGCCGACGUCCUGCCCGGCUCGUCCUCCGUCCCCGGCCCCGACUCUGUCACCUCGCCUUCUGGUUCUGUUCAAUCUUCUGGAGGCUUCAUCAAGCGCAAGCCUCUCUCCUCGUCGGCAUCGGCGAUUGCUCUGCGCUUCUCGUCAUCAGGAUCACCUGUGCCGUCGCCCAUUGACUUGCCAUUGCCGAGCCAAAGGUUCUCUAGACCUGAACUUAUCGACAGUCCUACCUUCUACGAAUUUUCUUCCGCUUCUCGCAACGGGCCGCAAACCGCCCAAGCUCCCGACGUCAACCUGGCGUCCCUUGCCGCGACAACCCCUGGAACACAGAACAUUCCUGGACACAGCCCUACUGCCUCCAGCUCUGACUUCUCAGAUGUCCUGGAUGGGUAUGACGAUUUGAUAUCCGAAUCUAAAUCAGAAUCUGGACCAGACGUUACCCGUGAGACUAUCCUUGAUGGGAGUGACACAGAAAACGAUAACGACGAAAACGAAGACAAGAAAACCAAAAAUAUUGAUUCGAGGGACAAAGAAAUUGCCAUUGUUCCCAACCCCGCUGAGCCAACACAGCCAAAAGACCACUCUGAAGUUGAUGCUCAAAGAGCUCAAUCGCCUUCAUCCGAUAAUACUAUAUCACACCCGAAACUGGCCCCCGCUCCCAUGUUUGUUCCAAAGCCAGCACCGCCCCAUCUCAAGCUCGACAAGGUCACAAUUGACGUUGCGAACUACGACUCAUCACCGGAUGAUCCCCAUUCACCAUCGGGCCAAAAUACACCAUCGCCCCAGCUCAACAAACCUUUGCCCAAGUCGCCAGGCCAGAACUCACCGUUUGCUUCUCUCUUCAACUGGGCAGCGCCCUCACCUUCACCUUCUGCGACGGAAUUUUCGUCCGCAUAUUCGCCGUUAUCUCCUUCAAAGUACGGCGCAGCCAAUGAUACGGUUAGCAACCCUCAACCUGUCGAUCAAGAAUAUGCCGCCAGUUCCCCCGCUUACGCACAAAUUGACGAAAUGGAAGACGAACUGAAAGCCAUCAGCGCCGAGCUGGCAAGCUCCAUUCGGCGCGAAAUGGACCUGGAAGACCUGGUAGACCGGCUCCAGGAACAGAUAAACAACCCUCAGGCCCCUGGUAAGAGGUCAAGCGAUUACUACUCCGACUCGGGUUACAGCUCGGCAAAGUUGAGCGAGGCCGAGCCGAGUCGAGAGGAACUUGAAAAGGUUCAAAGGAGGUCUGAACAAGAGAAGGCUUCGAUCAGAUUAGAACUCACAAACAAACUCCAAGAUGAGAGGGGGAGAAGAAAAGAGCUUGAUCAGCAGAUCAAGUCGCUUGCUGAAAAGGCGUCGCAAGUUGACCUUGCCCAAAUGAACAACCAAGACGCUAGCGGACGAUUAAAGGAUCUUGAGACCACCUGCGGCGACCUCAGGAGGCGAUUGUCGGAGGAGCGUGUUGUCAAGAACAACUUUGAGGACCUCAUCAACGCUAUCCGAGGAGAGCUUCACGAGGCCACCAGCGAGCGAGACAACCUCCGCGACGAGGUUGUUCCUCAGCUAAGGGCUCGUGUCGAGGGCCUUGAGAUUGAGGCUGCUGAAUACUCCAACUUGACCUAUGAGUCUUCAAAAAUGCAGCAGGAGCUUCACAUGCUGAGGAAGGAAUACGACGUGCUGCGAAGCGGAUCAAGACCUGGUUCCCCUACGCCGUCGCUCAAUAACACUCGCAUGUCUCGUGCCAUGUCUGGUGGCUUCGGUGGCGGUCUUGCCAGAUCCAACUCGGUCGCCACUGGCUCGUUCCGUGGCCAGCGUCCUUCAGGCCUGUCCAGAUCUAACAGUGUUAAAAACGUGCAGACCGAGUCCAGAGAAGCACUUUCGGAGAGAUUAAAGGAUGUCGAGGCUCAGAGAGAUGCCCUCCACAGCGCCCUGAAGAACCUUCUCGACCGUCAGGAGUUCCAAAACCGCGAAAACGAGAAGAAGAUUAGAAUGUUGCAGAACGAGCGGGAGAGGCUCCUUUCAGCAAACCCACGCAAGGCCGGCUUCGAACGAGAAAUAUCUAACCUUCGUACUGAGAUCAAUGUUUUGCGUCGCCGAGCUGAAGAUGCCCUUGAGCAGAAGUGGCAGGUGGAAAGCGGCCUUGGUGGUCUCAAAAUGGAUCUGGACAAGGCAGAGCAGGAAAUUGCCCUACUUCGCGCUCUCUUGGAGGAGAAGGAUAUCCUUAUCCCCCCCUCCUUCGCCCGUUCAAGUGGCUCAAGCACUGGCAGCAACUCAUUCGGUAGCACACCAGUAACAUCCGAGUCGCUUGCAAAGGCAUACGACCAAUUGAAGGCCGCCUAUGCCGAAUCACUUGAAAGAAUCAAGGAACUCGAGAACGAGACCGGUGCGGAUGAGAAGACCCAGCUUGCUGUCGAGCGUCUCGAGCACACUCUUUCCAUUGCAGUCUCUGAGCGCGAUGCCGCCAAGUUUGAAAUUGACAGCCUCAGAAAUCAGUACGAGACGACGAGCGAACUUGAGACCAAGGGUAUCGAGAGUGAACGUGCUCUUGCCGAUGAGCUCAACGACUCGGCCCGUCGGGUUGGAGAGCUCGCCUCUCAAGUCCAGCAGCAGCUUGCAGCUAAUGCACAGCUCCGGGAGCGCCUCUCCAACGCUGUUAUUCGAGGCGACAACGAUCGCAAGAGCAACUCGGACCGCAUUGCUGCCCUUCAAGUUAGCCUCAAGUCCAUGGAGGAGAAGCUUAUUGCUGCCCAAACAGCAUCUGAAGAUCGAGUUAACCGUCAUGAGGAAGAGAUUACUGCUAUCCGCGACGCCCAUAAUGCUCAGCUCCAGCGCAUGAGCAACAAUGCCAGCUUCUAUGGCCCUCGUUCUCCCAGUUUCCAGGCCAACCGCAAGCCAUCACUGCUCAGCCCGAUCUCGCCUCGAUUCCCCGGGUCGCUCCGGUCCCCACGCUUGAGCGAGAAGUCCUUCGAGGAAGCUGCGCAGAUGGAGGCACUCCGUCAGCGAGUGACUGAGCUGGAAAAGGCGCUCGAGGAUGCCGAGAAGGAUAUGCAAGACGUCAUUGCCAGAAUGAGCACAGCUCAGAUUGAGGUACUCACCCUUCAAGAUGAGCGAGAGGCUGCUGUUCGUGAAACACGACGCCUUCAAAAACUCCUUGAGGAAGAGCGAGUUAAGUCUUUUGAGGACAGAUUCAGGACGCUCAGUGGCAACGUCUAA